AAAUUUUUCCAAGAGAUACCAGUCUAAAAGACAAAUUCAUAAAACAUUUCACAGGGCCAGUCACGUUUUCAUCAGAGUGUAGCAAGCACUUUCAUCGACUGUAUCACAACACAAGGGACUGCUCAACGCCAGCUUAUUAUAAAAGGUGUGCAAGGUUGCUAACAAGAUUAGCAAUGAGCCCUUUGUGUACACAGUCCUAGGAAGUUUGCUAUACUUUCUACUAAGGAGAGAAUUCUGAUUUGCCAUGAAAGUGCCUUGAAAUCUUCCAAGACAGAGAAGACAUCUUUUACCUUUUUGAUUUACAAUGUUUUGUUACUAGAUGCAUUUUAUUUUCAUAUAUUUCUCGAACAUUCCAUAUUUGUGUGAAACAUUAUUUUAUUUUAAUUUGUAAAUUUGUUGCCUAUAGUUCAGACAAGCCAAUUAUUUAAAUACAUUGUAUAUAAAGAAUCCUAAUGAUAUACUGAUUAAAUGUUAUAACUGUAUGCAGGGAGUUGGUAAAAUUUUGCUGUUUCUCUUGUUCCAUUGUAUUUACAUCAUUCUGCUCAGGCUCUUACUUUCAUUAUUUGCACUAACUUGAAAUGCAGAAGUCUAUGUAACUGAAAUCUGAAUAAGCUGUAAGUGAGGAAGUUUUACUUGCCAUGGAAGAUAUUUUAUAUUAUGAAGCUUUGUUAAUAUAUACAUAUAUGUUAUUGCGCAUCAGAAAAAAAAUGCUCAGAAAUGCACCUUGCUUUCAGGAACAUUUGUAUGACUGUUCUGGAUUUUCAUCAGUUACAUUUGUACUGGCACUUAUGGAAAGAGUUGCAAAUAAUGUAAAUAUAAAGACUGGAAAACUGCAAUGCAGUUUUGGUGGAAUAAAGAAC